AUACUCCUCCUACUCACCACUAUGGUCACGCCACUGACAUGCCUCUCGGAAAAGCACGGAACCUCGAUGAAAUUUGUACGUGAACUUGCUCUCGUAUAUCGAUAGAGUACAAAUCGGAGCUAUAGCAAAGAAUAUUAAAACCCACCUUUUAAGUCAUGGAUUAAUUUUGUCGAUUGAUCGACAACUUUAUCGGUACUUCCAGAGCCUUUUUGGCUUUGUCUGGCUAACGUAACGAGGUAUAUUUUGGGGAUAGGAGUAUAAUUGUGUGGGCACACGGGAAGGAAGGAGGAUUCAUCCGAUUCGCCUCAACCUGGGCACUCUUCAUGCAUGUCAGAGGGACAUUCUCAAGGCUACUGCUGCAGGCCAUAUACUGAUGGAAACACACUGCCAGAGGCACCACAGGGGUGCUUUUGAGAAUGACCUAAAGACAAGUUUUAAAAAAACAUAAUCACCCAGAGGACUAGAACGUUCAAUACGUGUUGUGUUUUUCUUUUUUGGCCCGAAGUGUGUUUGUAUUAAUUGAGCAUUCUCAGAAAAACAAGAAGAGUAACCAAUUGGUGGGACCUGCCUGAACAAGUUAUUCACACAGUGUUUAUUUUCUAAAGAAAUAACAGCCCUGUGGAAAAAAAGUAAUCACGAUGGCUGCGGAAGGAUAUCAGUACAGGGCACUUUACGACUACAAGAAGGAGAGAGAGGAGGACAUUAACCUCCAUGUGGGGGACAUCUUAACAGUGACCAAAGGGGCCCUGGGGGCUCUCGGGUACAGCGACGGCCUGGAGGAAAGGCCCGAGGACAUUGGCUGGCUGCCUGGCUUUAAUGAAACCACUCAGGAAAAGGGGGACUUCCCUGGGACAUAUGUGGAGUUCAUUGGGAAGAAGAGGAUCUCUCCUCCCACUCCCAAGCCGAGACCCCCCAGACCCUUACCCAUGGCCCCGGGCUCUUCCAAGGCUGACUCUGGUGAUGAACAAGGCUCAGCCCUACUGGACCUGACAGAGCAGUUUUCCCUCCCAGAGACGGCUCCCCCCAUGCUUGCCAGGCUGCUGGAGGCCAUUGAGAAGAAAGGUCUGGACAAUCCAACUCUGUACAGGACCUUCACAGCCGGUGGUGGACUAGAUGUCAGACAGUGCUUUGACACUGAUCCUCCCUCAGCAGACCUGGACCAGAUGGACCUGCAGAUGUUGUGUGACGGUCUGAGUCGGUACCUGCAGGACCUGCCCCAGCCUGUCAUCCUACCAGCCAUUUACACUCAGCUGGUCCUCACCGCCCAAGAGGUGCAGAGCCCUGAGGAGUGUGCCCAGCAGCUGCGUCACAUCGCCAGCGCACCCAGCCUUCCGGCCCAGUACUGGCUCACCUUCCACUGCCUACUGCGCCACUGGUCCCGGGUGUGUCACAAUGCACCCAAGAACCUGCUCAGCUCCCGCACGCUCGGUGAGAUCUUCAGCCCGGUGCUCUUCAGACAGCAGGCUGCCAGCUGUGAGCCCAGCCCAGAUGCUCACAUCAAGAUCAUCGAGACCCUUGUGACCAGCGAAUGGACAGAAGCCCAGGCUGCUCCAGCCCUACCUCCCAAGCCGCCCAAACCCACAGCCCCUGCUGUCACUAACAACGGUAUGAACAACAACAUGGCGCUGCAGGACGGCGAAUGGUACUGGGGAGACAUCUCCCGCGAGGAGGUCAACGAGAAGCUGAGGGACACGGCCGACGGUACGUUCUUGGUCCGUGAUGCCUCCACCAAGAUGCACGGCGACUACACGCUCACGUUGAGAAAAGGGGGUAACAAUAAGCUGAUCAAGAUAUUCCACCGGGAUGGGAAAUAUGGCUUCUCUGACCCCCUGACCUUCAACUCAGUGGUGGAGCUCAUCAACCACUACCGCAACGAGUCGCUGGCCCAAUACAACCCCAAGCUAGACGUCAAGCUGCAGUUCCCCGUCUCCAAACACCAGCAGGAUCAGGUGGUGAAGGAGGACAACAUCGAGGCUGUGGGGAAGAAGCUCCAUGAGUACCACCAGCAGUACCAGGAGAAAAACCGAGAGUACGACCGCCUCUAUGAGGAGUACACCAGGACGUCCCAGGAAAUCCAAAUGAAGAGGACAGCGAUCGAAGCCUUCAACGAAACCAUCAAGAUCUUCGAGGAGCAGUGCCAAACGCAAGAGCGGUACAGCAAAGAGUACAUUGAAAAGUUCAGGAGGGAAGGCAAUGACAAGGAAAUCCAGAGGAUCAUGGGCAACUAUGAGAAGCUGAAGUCUCGUAUCAGUGAGAUCGUGGACAGCAAGCGGCGUCUGGAGGAGGAUCUGAAGAAGCAGGCCGCUGACUACCGAGAGAUCGACAAACGGAUGAACAGCAUCAAGCCCGACCUCAUCCAGCUCCGCAAGACCAGGGAUCAGUACCUCAUGUGGUUGACCCAGAAGGGAGUCAGGCAGAAGAAGCUCAACGAGUGGCUGGAAAUCAAGAACGAGAACACGGAAGAUCAAUACUCUAUGGUGGAUGACGAUGAGGACCUCCCACACCACGACGAGCGCUCCUGGAAGCUGGGCAACAUCAACCGGCUGCAGGCUGAGGCACUCCUCCGGGGGAAGAGAGACGGAACAUUCCUGGUCCGAGACAGCAGCAAGGCAGGAUGCUACGCCUGCAGUGUUGUUGUGGAAGGUGAGGUGAAGCACUGUGUCAUCAACAAGACGCCCUCAGGGUUUGGCUUCGCCGAACCUUACAACCUAUACAACUCGCUCAAAGAACUGGUCCUCCACUAUCAGCACACGUCACUGGUCCAGCACAAUGACUCUCUGAAUGUUACGUUAGCGCACCCCGUCUACGCACAGCAGAAGCGACGUUUGACCCAGGAGAGAGGAAAGGACUAAAGAGACUAACGCAAAACGAAGCCUGAAAACAUUUCAGUGACUGUGAACUGACUGUGAGCAGAGUCGAGAGCCUGAAUGUAGGUUUGUCUCUCGUAUUGUGGGAGCGCAGAGUCGAGGUGAAACUGCUGAACUCUCUCCCCAGCGGAGGACAUCGGAGGCCUUUUCCUAAUGGAGCUUCACCAGCUGGAAUGUCAAAAUGCAGAUAAAACUUGAGUGCAUCAUUUUUUCUUUUUCUUUUCCCCCUUCUUGCGUUUUUACUUUCAAGUAUAUCCCCCUGCGGGUGUCUGUGUGUGUGUCCAUGUGACCAAAACUCACAGUAUCUGAAAGCUGUUGGGGGUGUCUAACACACGUGUGUGUGUGUGUGUGUGUGUGUGUGUGUGUGUGUGUGUUCAGUGACAGACCAUGGAUCAGCUGAUAAAUGUAGCAAAAUGGCACUUUUGACAAGUAUAAUCGUUUUCUUGAAAAGACUCCUACGGACUUACAGUGCAGAGACUCUAAACUGUUCUCUACUGUGGAUGAGUGAAGAUAUGAACAGACUUGAAAUGGAAUUACUUCAUUAUGUAUAUAUACAGAGGGGAACGUCAGUACACAGCAAACCUACCGCACCAUACCAAAAAAAAAAAGCUCAGUUACUGUUCAGUUAUGUCCUAAUCUGCUAUGCAAUUAUGUAUCUCCCUUAUUUCUACAAAGUUGUUUUUAUGCUGUUGCAAACCCAUAAUAUAAGCUUGUUUUUAAUGAGAUGUAAAUAUCCAAGAGGAUAUUUUGUGUCAAAAUGCCACGAUAAAAACUGCUUCAGAUUUUUAAGAAAGUAAAUAAUAGUAACAUAUACUUUAUUACAAAUGACUUUAUCAGCAACGGAUAUAAAGAUGUAAAAGAAGAGUAUUUUAUUAGUACUUUUGUUUGCUUCAAACUGAUGUUCUCAGGCAGAGCCUUUUGAGUAUUUGACAGUUGCUUCAGUCACAAGAAAUAUUUCUAACAUAGCCACGUGUUUUUAGGUCUUUGUCGAAACAGCGGUAGCAUCCCAAGUGGCACCCUAUUCCUUAUAGUAUACAGGGGAUAGUGUGCCAUUUUAGAAUGAUGGGAAUAUUUGUUGAUUACUGCAGUCAUAAUGGUGCAUGUUGUACUCACCUUUUCAACCAUCUCCAUGGAAACAACAGUAUAGAUUUAUUUUGUUAUAUAACCUUUCCCCCAAGGAAAUCAGAGCAAAUCGGUGUCUUGAAAUGAUGAAAAUUGUUAUUAAAAAGAUCAAUUGGGAGACAUUUUAUCUUCCCCUAUG